UCAGUUGCACUCAAGUCUUCAACAGCAAUCAAACGAAUCGAAUUAAGAUGCGUCUAACACUCCUGGCCCUCAUCGGUGUCCUGUGCCUGGCCUACGCCUACGCCCUGGAUGAUGCCGCCAACAACGAUCAGGUGAUCGGACUCCUGGACGUCGCCGACCAGGGAGCCAACCAUGCCAACGAAGGAGAGCGAGAGGCCCGCCAAUGGGGAUACGGCGGCUGGGGACGAGGAGGAUAUGGCGGCGGCUGGGGAGGACACCGCGGUGGAUGGGGCGGCGGUGGAUGGGGUGGACAUCGCGGUGGAUGGGGUGGCGGUGGUUGGGGAGGACGUCGUGGUGGCUGGUACGGCCGAUAGGCCAAUGUCCACCUGACACGGCUCCGACCAAACCCACCACUUGCCCCACGUCAAAAGGACACCCGCCCACGGAUGUCAAGGCGUUAAUAAAGAACAUUGAAGCAUUAAAA